AUGACCUGGGGAAACUGGACAAUUGUCAGGGAAUUUGUUCUUUUGAGCUUCUCAAGCUUGUCCUAUGAGUUACAGGCUCUACUAUUUCUCCUGUUUUUGAUCAUUUACCUAGUCACCCUUAUGGGCAAUGUCCUCAUCAUCCUGGUCACCACAGCUGACUCUGCCCUGCAAAGUCCCAUGUACUUCUUCCUCAGAAACUUAUCUUUCCUGGAAAUAGGCUUCAACUUGGUCAUUGUGCCCAAGAUGCUGGGUACUUUGAUACUCCAAGACAAAACCAUCUCCUUCCUUGGCUGUGCCACUCAGAUGUAUUUCUUCUUCUUCUUUGGGGCUGCUGAAUGCUGUCUCCUGGCCACAAUGGCAUAUGACCGCUAUGUGGCAAUCUGUGAUCCCUUGCGCUACCCAAUAAUUAUGAGCCGCAGGUCCUGUGCCCAGCUGGCAGCUGCCUCUUGGUUCUCAGGGUUCCCAGUGGCCACUGUGCAAACCACAUGGAUUUUCAGUUUCCCUUUUUGUGGCCCCAACAUGGUGAACCACUUCUUCUGUGAUAGCCCCCCUGUCAUAGCCCUGGUCUGUGCUGAUACCUCACUGUUUGAACUGGAGGCUCUGACAGCCACUGUCCUAUUCAUCCUCUUUCCUUUCUUGUUGAUCCUGGGUUCCUAUGUCCGCAUCCUCUCCACCAUCUUCAGGAUGCCUUCAGCUGAGGGAAAACGUAAAGCCUUCUCGACUUGCUCCUCCCAUCUCCUGGUGGUCUCCCUCUUCUAUAGCACUGCCAUCCUCACAUACUUCCGGCCUCGCUCAAACACCUCCCCGGAGAACAAGAAGAUGUUGUCACUCUCCUACACAGUUGUCACUCCCAUGCUGAACCCCAUCAUCUACAGCUUAAGAAACAAUGAGGUGAAGACUGCAUUGAGGCGGAUUGUUCGCAGAACUCUGGGCCCCCAGAAACUAUGA